UUCAACCAUGUUGCCAUAGAACUAACCGAGAAUUAAAGCAUUCGCGUAAAAUGGGAUCAAUCACGAGAAGACUGCAGAUAGUCAGUCUAAUGUUUCUCGUGAUGGUAUUUUUCACUGGUGCAGCUAAAGGCAACAACCUGGUGACUUACCCUGAACCAGCAAGUUGCGACUCGGAUAUUGACUGUUUGAAGGGAAAAGCCAGGUGUAUACGAAGGGAGUGUCACUGCAUCGAUAAAUUUGCCUUUGGAGACGGAAAAGCUAAGUGCGAAAAGUGGAAGCAAUGUUCACCUGCUUUACGUAACACUGCGUGUACACAGUUGUCUUCCAAGAACGUGCACUGCUUGGAAAAGUCAUCCUCAGAGAUUUCUUGUAGAUGUGAUAAAGGAUAUUUCGGACGAUCGAAGUCUCCAGGAUGCCUGCAUGGUGAAGCUGGUGAAGACGGAAAGUUUCCGUGUUUGACUGACAAGAACUGUCCUCGGUAUUCUGAGUGCGUGGACAAACGAUGCAAAUGUCGUCAUGAACUGAUCGGAGACGGGGAAAAAUGCAAACGUCCAAAGCUGAAGUCUUGUUCUUCGAAUAAGGAAUGCAAUACUCAACACGGAAAAUGUUUCGACGGACAAUGCCACUGUGUUGGAACUCACGUUGGAGACGGCGUCCAUUGCAGAGACACAAAGCCUUGUACAAAGCAAUUCAAGUGCACAGACAAACAUGCGAUCUGUUUAACUGAUCCCUUGUUUCCAGCAAACAGCUUCUGCAGAUGUGAUUUACGUAAAGGCUAUGUGAGAUCCAAAAAUGGAAGUCGAUGUAUAGCUGACAGUUCCUCAAGAAAAAAAGAGUGUUCAAGCGAUAAGGACUGCAAUCCCAUCUACUCUUCAUGCUAUAAGGGGAUUUGCAAAUGCAAGGAUGAACUCAUACGGGACGGAGAAACAUGCAACCCUGCCCCUCUUCAUGAAUGCAGAGAAGAUAACGACUGUGAUAAGCGAGCAAAGUGCGAUAAGGGAAAAUGUAUUUGUCAAGGGAAUACGACAGGAAAUGGAAAAUACUGCAGAGUUUCCCUGCCAUGUUCACCGAAUCAUCAGUGCGGCACUGGCGGAAUAUGUGUAGUGGAUCCCUUGUUUCCCAGCAAACAGAAAUGCAGAUGUGACAAAAGUUUCAUCAGAACUAAGAACGGCACAUGUACAGAGUGCCUCAGUCAUAACGACUGUGAUAAGCAUUUGUCGACGUGCGUCGAUGGGAUGUGCAUUUGUAAGGACGAGCUGAUCAAAGAAGGCAACACUUGUAAACAUGCGCCACUGCAUCUCUGCGACGAAGAACAUAAAUGCCACGAAAAGGCCAAAUGCAUGUUUGGAAAGUGUUACUGUCAGGGUAAUUCGACAGGAAAUGGAAUUUUUUGUAGAGAUUCCCUUGAGUGUCCAAAAGGACAUCAGUGUGGAAACCACUCGGUUUGUGUUGUUGAUCCCUUGUUUCCUGACACACCUGAUUGCAAGUGCGAUUUGGAGUACAAGAAAUCUGUCGAUGGAAAGUGUGAAAAAAUGACGGAGUGUUCCAAGAAAGGCCUACUUUGCACCAAUGACACUAUUUGCGGACCAAAAUCUGAUGGAUCUUUUGACUGUCUUUGCAAGAAGGGUUUUGAAAUGAAAACUGCACAUGGGAUUAACAACACAUGCCAAGAUAUCGAUGAAUGCAAACAUAAAGACAUUUGCGCUAUGAACUCAACUUGUGCAAACUCCAUGGGCAGUUAUAAAUGCUGUAUGGUGCUGAAUGGAACUGAGAAGUGUGAGGAACCAAAGGAAGAAAAUUGUAGUUGUGGAAAACACGAGGAAUGUCAUUAUCAAAAGUGUUUUUGCAAGAAAGGGUACUUGAAAAAUAACCAAGGAAGUUGUGUUCCAGGUGCACAUCAACCUAGCCAUAUGAAUAUCUACUCGUCCAGGUCUUCCAGCACGACUGGUCAAGUUAUCCUUUUCCUACUAGCCCUUCUUGGUAAAUGUGCCUUUGGUUAAUGUCACAAAAGUGGCACCGCGUCUCCUGUUUUCUAUAUCUCCCCUUCUCUUCCCUUUUUUUAUCAAUCAAGAAAAAGAUAUUUAUUUGGAGAGUCUGUUUCAUUAACAGUAAUGGAUAGUAAGCUGUGCAGCACAUCUUUAAUCCUGUGUUUCACCUCUCUCUUACAGCAGUAAAUAAGGAAAUUCAUAUAUAUGGCUGUUAAACUUAAAUCAGUUCGUAAACGAAAUGAAUAAACUUGAAAAAGAGCAUUCUUAGCAAUGGACUUGGUCAAUACUUGGAUUAUCUUAGAGACAUAAAUAAGAAGAGUUGAUCACACAGUAAUAAUCAUGGUAAUUAAACUAUUAAGGUGUAAUUUGGUCCGAAAACAAACCCCUAACAUAAAAAAUUCAGCAGGAGUGCAACAUGUCGCUCAGUUUAUUUUAAAUUGCAAGUUUGAUUCUAGAAGAAUUGAAUUUCACAACUCAAAGAUCAAUUGUCACUU